AUGGAUGCUGCCGCGACGCCUACCGACCCUCCGAGCUCUGCGCCGCAGAGCAAGCUCGAAAAGCCCGAUGCUACCGUAAACGAGAACAAGUUCCAGCAGGCCAUUGCCGCGUGGCGAAAUGUGAAUCUUGCCGAGUUGAUGCCUGCGCUGGAUUCGGCCGCCGAGGAACUCGUUGAACACCAGCGCGAUGCUGUCACCCAGCGCAAGGAUCUCGCUCAGAAGACCAAGGACUUCAGGAAGCUCGAUGACCAGAGCAAGCUUGCUGAGAUCAAGGGAUUGCUGAAAUCCUACCAGAACUUUAUCGACGUCCUGACGAACCAGUCGAAGUCAAUCAACGCUGCCUUUUUCAAGGCCUAUACCCCGCUCUCUGAAGCGCCAGACCCGUAUCCGCUCCUCGAGGCCUCCGUCGAUUCACUCGUGACCGCCGAAGAGACCGUCCCCAAGCUUACCGAGGACAAUGAGCGGCUGCAGAAGACAGUCUCGCAGCUGACAACUCAACUAGAGAGUACAGAGAAGAAGCUUGAGGACGAGCUCAGCGCAAGAAAGAGUUUGGAAGAGACACGGGAUGCUAAGAUCAAAGAUGUCGAGGCAUCAUGGUCUGCCGUCCUUACAGAGAAGCAAGACAACUGGGAAGCUAAAGAAAAAUCGCUGGAGGAGAAAGUCGAGAAUCAGGAUCGGCUCUUGAAGGAGCUCAAGGCCAGCUACGAGGUUUCGCAGCGUCUGGGCAAGGGCGAAGACGACGAAGACGACAAGGGACGUAGUGGGGCUACAGCCGCUGAGCUUGAGAUCGUGAGCUCCGAGCUAGAUAGGGCGAACACACGUCUUGCGGAGGUUGAGGCGAGAAACGAGCAGCUUCGGCUCGAACUCGCCCAAUCUGCUUCGAGCGCAAACACUCAGGCCGCCGUACCAGUUGAAGACGACCCGACUUUCAGGAGGCUGCAAUCCGAGAACCAGUCUCUCUUGCGGAAACUCGAUGCUGCACGUUACGAGAAGGACUCUGCGAGGAGGAAUCAAGAGGCGGAGGCGCGAAAGCUGGAGAAGGAACUGGCGUCCUUGAAGCAAGAUCGGGAUGCUCUGCGGGAGAAGGUGAAUAGCUGGGGAGACUACGAGAACGUUAAGCGCGAACUCGAGGUUUUGAAGUCGAUCGAGUUCGCAACUGGAGAAGAUGACGAUGCAGACGCUGCAGCCGACACUGCGGCUGAGGGGGGAACGAGCUCUCAAAGUAAAGGAGAGACUCUGGAACAGCUCCUGCUUGCACGAAACAAGAAGCUUAGUGAUGAGCUGACAGUACUUCGCGUAUCCCACCAAGAUCUCCAGUCGCGGUUGGAGCAGCUACAGGAAGAGCUGUCCAACACCAACAUGGAGUUGGAAAAGUCGCAGAACCUAGCACAGACGCUGGAGAAUGAUCUCAUGAAGGUGCAGCAGGAAGCUUCAAACGCUUUUGAUUCCUCGGCAAUGUCUGUUGCAGGAACAUACACAUCGAGGUACCCCCAAUCAUCUUUUCCAGGAAGAAAGGGAGGGCGUACAUCUCCAACUUCAUCCAUUAUCUCUGGAUUCAAUCCUAGGGAUGGCAGCCCGAACACGCUAGAGGCCAUCAGGUCGGGCGAGCCUGUGGGAGGCGGCUCUGGAAUCCUCCCUAUGGUCACGGCUCAAAGAGACCGCUUCAAGAAGAAGAACGCCGAGCUCGAAGCCGAACUGCAGAAGGCUUACCAGAAUGUCUCUUCGCUGAGGUCCGAGGUCGCCUCCUUGCAGAAGGACAACCUGAACCUGUACGAAAAGACUCGCUAUGUGUCGACGUACAAUCGUGGCCACGCGUCGGCCUACUCAUCGAGCACAAACCCAUCAACUAUCCAGGUGACCUCGGACGCGUCAUCAAACCUGGAUCGUUACCGCUCGGCAUACGAGCAGAACAUUUCACCAUUUGCGGCUUUCCGCGGACGCGAAUCCGCACGCGCGUUCAAGCGCAUGAGCCUUCCCGAGCGGUUCGUGUUUCGAAUCACCAAAAUGGUGCUUGCGACGAGGACUAGCAGAAACAUGUUCGCGGCAUAUUGCGUGGUGCUGCACCUCCUGGUGUUCUGGAUGCUCUUGUCGGGGGCCUCGGGCCCGGUCGAGGAGACGAUUAGCUUGAGCAACAGCGGUUCGGCGGCGGCUGCUGGCGCUGCUGCUGCUGGACCGCUCGCCGGUGGCGAUGGCCAUGAGAAAGGUAAUUGGCAACAAGAAGGGUUCCAGGAUACGUAA